CGUGUGUGUGUUUUCCUCAAGCCGGGCCCUCCAGGUGUUGGGAAUCUUUGUGGGUCGCCAGGUGGCUGCCUUUUCCGGGUAACCGCGUUGCGUCUGGGCGGGAAAAGCGCAACGCUCGGUGGGGACGCACGACUUGGCGGGGCGGGAAGAGUGCGGAACGGACGGACGCGGCACGAGCCGUCCCUGUCGUUCAGGCUCGCAGCACCAUGUCGUCGCCGGCCUCGACCCCGAGCCGCCGCAGCAGCCGGCGCGGAUGGACCACCCCGGCUCAGACGCCCCGAAGCGAGGAUGCUAAGUCGUCUCCCUCUCGGAGACGCAGGGGCGAGGAUUCCACCAGCACUGGAGAGCUGCAGCCGAUGCCCACCUCCCCCGGAGCAGACCUGCAGAGGGGGGCUCAGGAUGCCUUGUUUUCCAGCCCUCCGCAGAUGCAUGCCUCAGCUAUUCCGCUGGACUUUGAUAUUAGCUCACCACUGACAUAUGGCACUCCCAGCUCUCGGGUGGAGGGAACCCCAAGGAGUGGGGUUAGGGGCACACCUGUGAGGCAGAGGCCAGACCUGGGUUCUGCUCGUAAAGGUCUGCAAGUGGAUCUGCAGUCUGAUGGGGCAGCAGCAGAAGAUAUAGUGGCAAGUGAACAGUCUCUAGGCCAAAAACUUGUUAUUUGGGGAACCGAUGUGAAUGUGGCAACAUGCAAAGAAAAUUUUCAGAGAUUUCUUCAGCGUUUCAUUGACCCUCUGGCUAAAGAAGAAGAAAACGUUGGCAUAGAUAUUACUGAACCUCUGUACAUGCAGCGACUUGCAGAGAUCAAUGUGAUUGGGGAGCCAUUUUUAAAUGUAAACUGUGAACAUAUAAAAUCGUUUGAUAAGAAUUUGUAUAGACAACUUGUCUGCUACCCACAGGAGGUUAUCCCAACCUUUGACAUGGCUGUUAAUGAGAUAUUCUUUGAGCGUUACCCUGACUCCAUCUUAGAACAUCAGAUUCAAGUAAGACCGUUCAAUGCAUUAAAGACAAAGAAUAUGAGAAACCUAAAUCCUGAAGACAUCGACCAGCUCAUCACCAUCAACGGCAUGGUCAUCCGGACGUCCCAGCUGAUUCCCGAGAUGCAGGAGGCCUUCUUCCAGUGCCAAGUGUGCUGCCACACGACCCGGGUGGAGAUAGACCGGGGCCGCAUCGCCGAGCCCUGUGCCUGUGGGCGCUGCCACACCACGCACAGCAUGGCCCUCAUCCACAACCGCUCGCUCUUCUCCGACAAGCAGAUGAUCAAACUUCAGGAGUCUCCUGAAGACAUGCCUGCUGGGCAGACACCACACACUGUUGUCCUUUUUGCACACAAUGAUCUUGUGGAUAGAGUUCAGCCUGGGGACAGAGUGAAUGUCACAGGCAUCUAUCGUGCAGUACCUAUUCGAGUCAACCCAAGAGUGAGCAACGUGAAGUCUGUGUACAAGACCCACAUUGAUGUCAUCCAUUACCGGAAAACGGACGCCAAGCGGCUGCAUGGCCUUGAUGAAGAAGCAGAACAGAAGCUUUUUUCAGAGAAACGCGUGGAAUUGCUUAAGGAACUGUCUAGGAAACCAGACAUUUAUGAGAGGCUCGCUUCCGCCUUGGCUCCCAGCAUUUAUGAGCAUGAAGACAUAAAGAAGGGAAUCUUGCUUCAGCUCUUUGGUGGAACAAGGAAGGAUUUCAGUCAUACCGGAAGGGGCAAAUUUCGCGCUGAGAUCAACAUCCUGCUGUGCGGUGACCCUGGCACCAGCAAGUCUCAGCUGCUGCAGUACGUGUACAACCUGGUCCCCAGGGGCCAGUACACCUCCGGGAAGGGCUCCAGUGCGGUGGGCCUCACUGCGUAUGUGAUGAAAGACCCUGAGACCAGACAGCUAGUCCUGCAGACGGGUGCCCUCGUGCUGAGCGACAAUGGCAUCUGCUGUAUCGAUGAGUUUGACAAAAUGAAUGAAAGUACAAGAUCAGUGCUCCACGAAGUCAUGGAGCAGCAGACUCUGUCCAUUGCAAAGGCUGGGAUCAUCUGUCAGCUUAAUGCGCGCACCUCUGUCCUGGCAGCAGCAAAUCCCAUUGAGUCCCAGUGGAAUCCAAAGAAGACGACCAUUGAAAACAUCCAGCUACCUCACACGUUGUUGUCCAGGUUUGAUCUGAUCUUCCUCAUGCUGGACCCUCAGGAUGAGGCGUACGACAGGCGUCUGGCCCAUCACCUGGUCUCGCUGUACUACCAGAGUGAGGAGCAGAUGGAGGAGGAGUUCUUGGACAUGGCAGUGCUAAAGGACUACAUUGCUUAUGCUCACAGCACCAUCAUGCCCCGGCUCAGCGAGGAGGCCAGCCAGGCUCUCAUUGAGGCUUAUGUGGACAUGAGAAAGAUUGGCAGUAGCCGAGGAAUGGUGUCCGCGUACCCUCGGCAGCUGGAGUCCUUAAUUCGUUUAGCAGAAGCCCAUGCUAAAGUCCGAUUUUCAAACAAAGUUGAAGCAAUUGAUGUGGAAGAGGCAAAGCGCCUCCACAGGGAGGCUCUGAAGCAGUCUGCGACUGACCCCCGGACCGGCAUCGUGGACAUAUCUAUUCUCACUACAGGAAUGAGUGCCACGUCUCGGAAACGGAAAGAAGAAUUAGCUCAGGCACUGAAGAAACUUAUUUUAUCUAAGGGCAAAACUCCAGCUCUAAAAUACCAGCAACUUUUUGAAGAUAUUCGGGGACAGUCGGACAUAGCAAUCACCAAGGAUAUGUUUGAAGAAGCCCUGCGCGCCUUGGCUGAUGACGACUUCCUGACUGUGACUGGGAAAACCGUCCGCUUGCUCUAAGGCUGCCGUGAGCCCCGCUCCCCGGCACAGGAGCGCGCCGCCUACGACCCGUCAGCGGCCACCGCCGCCUGUGGGUGCUCAAAAGUACUAUCAGCUCCACGAUACGUUUCUAACCUGGGUUCAAUUUUGUUAGUAUGUUUUCGUUUUUUAACAUUUUAGGUAAAGCGACUGUACCAAUUUCUGAGCUUAUCUUCUUGCAGUGGUGGUUUAUAGCAGCAGGGCUUUCGUCUGCGCAAGAGCAGCAGCAUGUUGGCGGGCAGUCCGGCUCAUACCGGACUUGACAGCGGCAGGGCCCUCCCUAAGUGCUUUGCGGUUUUGCAGUAGGACAUGGAAGACUGGCUGGGGCGUGCCAUCCAGCAGGAGGCGAUAGAGGGCUGGAUGGAGCCUUUGUCCAUUUUUUCUGCACUUGAAUAUCUUGGAGGUUUUUCUUGCAGCUAUUAGAUCAUGAAAGUGUGAUUGGAAAUGAUUAGGUUCCAGAUUAUCUUCUGCUUUACCUUGUAUGUAAAA